UCCAUCUCCAGAGUAACGGAACGUCCACCGGCUUUUACUUCCAGCCGAGCGGCAGUGCGAUCUCUCCCGAGCUUUCACCGCCGUUCUUCCCAGGCCCCGCCCCUUUUACGCCGGCAGCAGCGAAACGCGGGAGACCUGAUUCUAGCUCCCGAGUCGUCUGAGCGGCUCGGGGCGGCGCAGUGCGCAGGCGCGAGCGUUUGGGUCUCGCCGCGCGCGGCGCUCGGUUGAAGCGGGAUUGAGUUCCUGGGCGCGGAGACCCGGCAGCGGGCGACCGAGAGAGUGGGUGACUGAGCGCGUUCCCUGCCGUCAUGGCAGCCCUGCGCUACGCUGGCCUGGACGACACGGACAGCGAGGACGAGCUCCCCCCGGGCUGGGAGCAGAGAACCACCAAGGACGGCUGGGUUUACUAUGCCAAUCAUGCUGAGGAGAAGACCCAGUGGGAACAUCCGAAAACCGGAAAAAGAAAACGAAUAGCAGGAGAUUUGCCAUAUGGAUGGGAACAAGAAACCGAUGAGAACGGACAAGUUUUUUUUGUCGAUCAUAUAAAUAAAAGAACCACUUAUUUGGACCCGAGACUGGCAUUUACGGUGGAUGAUAACCCUACGAAGCCGACCAACAGGCAGAGAUAUGAUAGCAGUACCACCGCCAUGGAGAUCCUGCAGGGCCGGGACUUCACCGGCAAAGUGGUCGUGGUUACCGGAGCUAAUUCAGGAGUAGGGUUUGAAACUGCCAAGUCUUUUGCCCUCCAUGGUGCACACGUGAUCCUUGCCUGUAGGAAUGUCACAAGGGCCAAUGAAGCUGUGUCACAGAUUUUAGGAGAAUGGCACAAAGCCAAGGUAGAAGCAAUGACCCUGGACCUCGCUUUGCUCCGUAGCGUGCAACAUUUUGCUCAAGCAUUCAAGGCCAAGAAUCUAUCUCUUCACGUGCUUGUGUGCAAUGCAGCAGCUUUUGCUCUGCCCUGGAGCCUCACCAAAGAUGGCCUGGAGACCACCUUCCAGGUGAAUCACCUGGGGCACUUCUACCUUGUCCAGCUCCUUCAGGACGUCCUGUGCCGCUCAGCUCCUGCCCGAGUAGUUGUGGUCUCGUCUGAGUCCCAUAGAUUCACAGAUAUUAAUGAUUCCUCGGGAAAACUGGACUUCAGCUGCCUUUCUCCUUCUAAAAAUGACUAUUGGGCCAUGCUGGCUUACAACCGGUCCAAGCUCUGCAACAUUCUCUUCUCCAACGAGCUCCAUCGCCGCCUGUCCCCCCGUGGGGUCACGUCCAACGCUGUGCAUCCUGGAAACAUGAUGUACUCCUCCAUUCAUCGCAACUGGUGGGUGUAUACACUGCUGUUUACCUUGGCCCGGCCUUUCACCAAGUCCAUGCAACAAGGAGCUGCCACCACCGUCUACUGUGCUGCUGCUCCAGAGCUCGAGGGCCUGGGAGGGAUGUACUUCAACAACUGCUGCCGAUGCUUGCCGUCCCCGGAAGCUCAGAGCGAAGAGACGGCCCGCGCCCUGUGGGCACUCAGCGAGCGCUUAGUCCAGGAAGGACCGGGCAGCCAGUCCGGCUAAGCGCGAGCUCGGGGGAGCAUCGGCGCGCACACCCAGCCCGCGCGUGUGCACCUGCGUGACUGCCGCCGCUCGACCCCCGCCAACUUGUCGUCCGGCAGCUUUCCGUGCGCCCCCGACACACAUCCGCCCGAGUAAAGAGGAUAAGAGUAGCCACAACAGAGUGAAGAAAAUGUCAAGUACCGACGGGAAGCAGGGAAUUGCAGGGCCAAGGGAACAAUCUCUCUUCUGGGGCUGGACGAGGCUGGCGUCUCUCUGCUUUCCUGGCGGUGGCCCGCUGGAAGGUGAACGCUUAGCUGGUAGGCAGGCUCCUUGCCUCGCUGUGGGAGCCCAAGCCGUUCUCAUGCACUGUUUAGAAUAGCCAGGCGCCAAAAAAAAAAAGAAAAA